UCCAUUUCUCUGACUCGUCUCUUCACAAACCCUUUCAACCUUUUUUCUUCUUCUUCUUCUCUCUCUUAAAACAACACACACAAUUUCAACACAGUAGUACCACCACCAACAACAAACCCCAUGUUUCCUGCAAUUUAGGGUUCUUUGUACAAUCCCCGAACAAAGAAUUUCUCAUAUUCUUUCCAUAAUUACAGUAAUGGCAUUAUUGAAACCCUAGUUUCUCAAAAUCAAGAGAAAGAAAAAGUUUAAUCGAUCGGUAGAUGUGGAUGAAAUCUUGAGAGGGUUUGAUUUGAUGGAAGGAGUUCAAAAUAAUACAACAGCGACAACGAUGCCACCAAGUUCGAAUAAUCUGAAUGGGAAUUCACCACCACCAUUUCUGAGUAAAACUUAUGAUAUGGUUGAUGAUCCAACUACGGAUGUUGUUGUUUCUUGGAGUUCAAGCAAUAACAGUUUUGUUGUUUGGAAUCCACCUGAGUUUGCUAGAGAUCUUUUGCCUAAGUUUUUUAAGCAUAAUAAUUUCUCUAGCUUUGUCAGACAAUUGAAUACUUAUGGGUUUAGGAAGGUUGAUCCUGACAGGUGGGAGUUUGCAAAUGAAGGAUUUUUAAGAGGUCAAAAACACUUGUUGAAGACAAUUAGUAGGCGGAAACCUGUCAAUGUGCAGGCACAGCAACAGCAACCUCAAGGACAGAGUUCAUCGGUCGGGGCAUGUGUUGAAGUGGGGAAAUUUGGACUUGAAGAAGAGAUAGAGAGGCUUAAGAGGGACAAAAAUGUUCUCAUGCAGGAACUUGUUAGGCUGAGGCAGCAACAACAGUCAACUGAUCAUCAGUUGCAGACGCUAGGGCAGCGGCUGCAAGGUAUGGAGCAGCGGCAACAACAAAUGAUGUCGUUUUUGGCGAAGGCCAUGCAGAGUCCAGGAUUCUUAGCCCAGUUGGUCCAGCAACAGAAUGAAAAUAACAGACGGAUCGCUGGAGUUAACAAGAAACGAAGACUACCCAAACAUGAAGAUAACCUUGAGGAUGGUCAUUCUACUACUGCUCCUGAUGGACAGAUCAUUAAAUACCAGCCGUUGUUGAACGAGGCAGCACAAGCAAUGUUGAUGCAGCUGAACCUUGCUUCACCAUCUCAUAGAUUAGAUCCAGAUACCAAUGGAGAUAGUAUUUUCAUUGAUGACAUACCUUCACCAUCCAGUACACAGUUAGACAGCGGGAGUACAUCAAAUCGGAUAUCUGGCGUCACUCUUUCGGAGGUCGCUCCAACUUCUGGACAUUCACUUUUGUCAGUCUCAUCAGGGUAUUCAGGAAUGCGUCGCUCAGCCGCUCUUUCCGAGAUUCAAUCUUGUGGUGCUGUAACAGAUUCGGUAACAACCACCACAAGUCCUUUGCCAGAUAUGAGUAUUCUUGAUGAACUGGAAGAGGAACUAACAGAAUUUCCUCACAUGCAAGAAAUGGGACUGGAAAAUGGUGGAAUUGAAAUUCCUGGCUCAGAUUUUGUGGGUCAUGGGACAGGAAAUGGAGAAGUGUAUAAUGACUCGUUGGGAGUAGAUGACACAAUCUCCCCAUUAGAAAGUGGACAGUUCUCACCUGAUCUUGAUGUGGAUAUGUUGGUAGAUGGGUACACCACUAAGCUUCCUGGCAUAAACGAUUCUUUUUGGGAACAAUUUCUGUCAACUGGUCAUCUCUCUUUAGGAACAGAUGAGAAUAAUGAUGCUCCCCUAGCAGAAAAUGUUGGGAAGGGAGAGGUACAGCAGGCAACAGUGCAUCAGCAGCAACAGCAGAAUGGAGGGAAUAAGGACGGCCAGCAUCAUAAUAUGGACCAGCUUACACAACAGAUGGGGCUUCUUACUUCAGAAAAUGAUGGUGCAGUCUGAAACAUCAACCGAGCUCAAUACCACUGUAUUAUAUAUGUUUUGGGACAUUUGAUAUUGUUCAAGUCCUAGGUCCUCUUUAAAUCACCCUUAGAAUGUAGGAACCCAUACUGUGCACAUAUAGAAGAUAACAUUUUCAAUUUACCUUUCAAGUUUACAAGCUCUGGGGUUACAAAAAAGAGUUGAACAAAAAAAUGGAGAUCUUUAUAGCUUUAUUGGUUUUGAUGUGCUCUGCAAUGAUGGUGAUUCUGCUCUGGGUUUAUGAACUUACAGACUCUGGUUAUUUUGAAUAGAAGUUCUAUAUUCAUGUCUUUCUGAAA